AUGGACGCUAGCCUUUUAGCCGGGAGAAUAAAAAUAUUCGAUAUAAUUACCGUGUUUAAUGUCAACGUAAGUGUCACUUGGAAUCGGCCAUUUUGUAGAUUUUUCGGCGACUGUAACACGUGUUCGUUUGCCGAAAUGGCAGUCGCAAAGAAGCCAGUAGCUAAAAAAGCUCAAUUACACCAGAAAACUGGUAAGAAAGGCGUGAAAGGCGGUAAAAUUCGUGGCAAGGGCCAAAGAAGAAAAAUCAGUUUGAAAUUUACCAUCGACUGCACCCACCCUGCAGAAGACAGUAUUCUCGAUGUGGGAAACUUUGAAAAAUACUUAAAAGAGCGUGUUAAAGUUGAAGGCAAAACUAAUAACCUAGGCAAUCACGUUGUAAUCGCUCGCGACAAAACUAAAGUUGCCAUCAGUGCAGACAUUCCCUUCUCCAAGAGGUAUUUGAAGUAUCUGACCAAAAGAUACCUGAAGAAGAACAACCUCCGUGAUUGGCUUCGAGUGGUUGCUUCGGCUCAUGAUUCAUAUGAACUGCGUUACUUCAACAUAAAUGCUGACAGUGACAAUGAAGAUAAUGAAGAUUGA